AGGUGCGGCAUCGCCUGCGAUCGCUGAGGAGGUGCCGGAAGCACCGAGCAGGGACCUAGGGUAAAUGUCAAAUCCAAGUUCAGCCGCACGCAAGUGGAUGAUAGCAGCUGGGGAACGGGGUCGGAUGUCAGAGCUUCUCAGUCCUUCACGUGGGGUCGGCAGGUUCUCCAAAAGCUCCGUGCAGAAGACGGGGCGGCGUUUAAGGAAAAGGCCUUGGGGCUCCGAGUCCCCAUCUCUCCGCGUCCUGUGAAGGCGUGAUCAGUCCACUCAUCAGUAAAGAGCGUCUUCGUUCUUUUCUGUGCUUGGGAAGUUAGAACGGCCCCUUAGCCGCCGGUUCCACACCUUUCACGGCUGGGGUCGUACCCGGAAGUGCCUCUAUGGUAAGCCGGUUAGAAGGAGCGGCGCUUCACCAUGGCGACAGCUGGGACCCCGCGGCGGUUCUACCGCUGUGCCUGCUUCUGCACGGAGAACUUGUAUGUGGCGCGCUACGGGCUGCACCUGCGCUUCCGAGGCGAGCAGCAGCUGCGCCUGGACUACGGUCCGAUCCUGCGCAGCCGAGGCUGUGUCAGCACCAAGGACUUCGAGGAGCUGUUAGUAGAGCUUGAGCAGGAGGUGGAGCGGCGGCGGCAGCUGGGGCAAGAGUCAGCGGCUAGGAAAGCCCUCAUCGCAAGCUCCUAUCACCCAGCACGACCCGACGUCUACAACUCGCUGCAGGAAGCAGCUCUGGCUCCUGAGUUUUUGGCUGCGGCUCAGUACAGCACAUCCCCAGGUGCAGACCUCAAGGGCCUUCUCCAGCAGCUGGAGAUACUGUCAGAGAAGAAGCGCAUCUACCGGGUGCCUGUGUUCACAGCACUAUUCUGCCAGGCCCUGCUGGAGGAGCUGGACCACUUUGAGCAGUCGGACAUGCCCAAGGGAAGGCCCAACACCAUGAACAACUAUGGGGUGCUGCUACAUGAGCUGGGGCUGGAUGAGCCUCUGGUGACACCCCUGCGGGAGUGUUUCUUACAGCCACUGCUGGCCCUGCUGUACCCAGAUUGCGGUGGGGGUCAGCUUGAUAGCCACCGUGCCUUCGUGGUCAAGUAUGCACCCAGCCAGGACCGUGAGCUGGGCUGCCACCACGAUAAUGCUGAGCUCACCCUCAAUGUGGCCCUAGGCAGGACCUUUACUGGGGGUGCUCUAUACUUUGGGGGCCUCUUCCAGGCGCCUGCAGCUCUCAUGGAGCCCCUGGAGGUAGAGCAUAUGGUGGGCCAUGGUGUCCUGCACCGAGGUGGCCAGUUGCAUGGCGCCCGGCCUCUGGUCACUGGUGAGCGCUGGAACCUUGUCAUCUGGCUCCGAGCCUCUGCUGUUCGCAACCACCUCUGCCCCAUGUGCUGCCGUGAGCCUGACCUGGUGGACGAUGAGGGCUUUGGGGAUGGCUUUACCAGAGAGGAACCCACCACAGUAGAUGUGUGUGCACUGACGUGAGCCUGGUUUGGCCCAGUGUGUGUGUUGGGGGGAGGGGGCAUGGCAGGUGAGGGCUUUGUCCUUGGGCUGAGAGGACAAAAAUAAACUCCCUGUAGCCCACUGCACUUGUUGUUUCAGAUGGACAUGCUGGCUUCUGGGUCAUUCUUUGGGCAAAUAGGCUGGCUUAGUGGAGGUUUACUGGAAGCAGAAGGAGGGAGGGAGGAGCCUCAAGGAAGUGAAGGAGCCAGAGGGCAGGAGCUACUGGGCAAAGCUGUGGCUGCAGAGGGAAGCCAGUCUCAGUCUGGCCCUCAGGGACCUUUGGAGCAUGAGUCCAUGAUGCCACAGUUCUCCCAGCAUCAGUGGCUACAGGAUGAGGCGGGACAGAGAGAGGUGAGUAACUUCCUGGACAUCCAUCUCCAGAGCAGGCUUGCUCCUAGUGGCCCAGGGAAGCCUGCAGAGAAGAGUACAGAUAUGAACUGUCAGCAGUGGAUGCCACUUGGGUGGGCCACCGAUAGCAUCUUCUAGAUGACUGUUGAAGACUUACAGCAGAGAAGUUAAGAGCAGGGACUGGACCCAGGCUCCCUGGGUUCAAAUCCUGGUUUUGUCACUUCCAGCUGUGUGGUUGUGGGUGAGCUGCUGUACCUUUCUGUGCCUUAGUUUCUUCAUCUGCCUAGUAGCUACCUCCUAGAUCUGUUGUAAGAAUCGUUUGAUUUAUAAAUGCGCUGCCAUCUGUAAAGUGUCUUAUAACAGUCCUGUGUUUGCUGCUGUCAUUACUGAAGAAUUUGCAACUUGGU